CCCAGCCGCGUUUACUGUUCCGGAUUCCGAGCAAAAGCGCCCCCGGCUCGACUCACCUGCCGCGCCCAUCCCCACCAUGACCGACUCCUCCAAGAUCGAUGAGGGUCUCUACUCCCGCCAGCUCUACGUCUUCGGCCAUGAGGCCAUGAAGCGCAUGUCCUCCUCGGAUGUGCUGCUGGUCGGUGUGGACGGCCUUGGCAUUGAGAUCGCCAAGAACAUCGUCCUCGCCGGUGUCAAGUCCCUCACUCUCUUCGACAACACGCCCACCGCCCUGGCCGACCUCGGCACGCAGUUCUACCUGUCCGAGAUCGGCGAGCCCCGCGCCAAGGCCUCGCUUCCCCAGCUGAAGGAGCUCAACCCGUAUGUGGAGGUGUCGGUCUUCGACUCGGCGCCGGAGCUCCCCUUCGACGCCCUGGCCCAGCCGACCAUGGCCGAGGCCCUCCUGUCGCACAAGCGCUUCCAGGUGGUGGUGGUGGUGAACCAGUCGCACAAGGUGGCCCUGGCCCUGAAUGAGGCCCAGCGCAAGCUCUCCCCCACCGGCUGCACCGUGGUCACCGAGUCGCGCGGCACCUUUGCCAGCAUCUUCAAUGACUUCGGCGACUCCUUUGUGGUCACCGACCCCAAUGGCAAUGAGCCGGCCAGCUUCCUCAUCUCCGGCAUCACGGCCGAGAAGGAGAGUGUGGUGGCCUGUGUGGAGGAGCAGCGCCACAACCUGGAGGAUGGUGCCCAUGUCACCUUCCGCGGGGUGCGCGGCAUGACGGCCCUCAAUGAUUGCGCCCCCCGGCCGGUGAAGGUCCUCUCGCCGGAUACCUUCUCCAUCGGCGACACCAGCGGCCUGCCGGCCUAUGAGGGUGGCGGCAUGGCCAUCGAGGUGAAGAUGCCGGUGACCAUGCACUUUGAGCCGCUGCGCGCCAAGCUCACUGCCCUGCCCUGCAUGGGGGUCGACCUGCUGGUGUCGGACUUCGCCAAGAUGGACCGCCCGGAGCAGCUGCACAUCGCCUUCCAGGCGGGGCACCGGUUUGUGGAGGAGCACGGCCGCAUGCCGCGCCCUCGCAAUGAGGAGGAUGCCAACACCCUGGUGGCCCUGUGCCAGGCGGUGGCCACCGACCAUGGGCUGACCGAGUGGAAGCCGGACACCGAUCUCCUCCGGCAGUUUGCCUACCAGUAUGCCGGUGCGACGGCCCCCAUGUGCGGCACGGUUGGUGGCAUUGUCGCGCAGGAGGUGCUCAAGGCCACUUCCGGCAAGUUCACGCCCAUUUCCCAGUGGCUGUUCUUCGAUGCCCUGGAGGCGGUUCCCCCCGGGCUGACCGAGGCCGAGUGUGCCCCGGUUGGCAGCCGGUAUGACAGCCAGAUUGCCAUCUUCGGUCAAACCAUGCAGAAGACCAUUGCCGGGUAUCGGCUGUUCCUGGUCGGUGCCGGGGCCAUUGGCUGUGAGAUGCUCAAGAAUUGGGCCCUCAUGGGCAUUGCCUCGGGCCCGGGCGGCUCGAUCACCGUCACCGACAUGGACACCAUCGAGCGGAGCAACCUCAACCGGCAGUUCCUCUUCCGCAAUCAGGAUGUCGGCAAGUUGAAGUCCGCCUGCGCGGCGGCCGCCGCGGCUUCCAUCAACCCCGACCUGCAGGGCAAGAUCCACCCGAUGGCCGAUCGCGUGGGCGAGGAGACCGAGCACAUCUUCGGCGACGAGUUCUUCGCCAACAUCGAUUGCGUGGCCAAUGCCCUGGACAACAUGGAAGCCCGGCGGUAUGUGGACCGCCGGUGUGUCUUCUUCCGGAAGCCGCUCAUGGAGUCCGGCACCCUGGGCACCCGGGGCAACACCCAGGUCGUCCUGCCGGACAUCACCGAGUCCUACAGCAGCUCGCAGGACCCGCCGGAGGCCUCGAUCGCCAUUUGCACGCUGAAGAACUUCCCCAAUGCCAUUGAGCACACCAUCCAAUGGGGUCGCGACCUGUUCGAGGGGGUCUUCGCCAAUGGCCCGCAGCAGGUCAACCAAUUCCUGAAGUUCACUCGGAAUGCCCUGGCCGCGGCCGGUGGUCCUGGGGCCGCCUCCGAUGCGGACAUCCUGCGCCAGUAUGUGGAGCACAUGUCCGAGGAGGCCGGCUUCAAGGACAUCCUGGAUUCGAUUGCCGGGCUGCUGCGUGCCGAUCGGCCGACCACCUUCGAGGGGUGUGUCGCCUGGGCGCGCCACCAGUUUGAGCACCACUUCGCCAACAACAUCAAGCAGCUGCUGUUCAACUUCCCGCCGGACGCGGUCACCAGCAAUGGGCACCUGUUCUGGACGGCGCCCAAGCUCUGCCCCACGCCGCUGGUCUUCGACCCGGCCGAGCCCUCGCACCUGUCCUUCAUUGAGGCCGCCUCGCGGCUGAUUGCCCAGGUGUUCGGCAUCCCGGUGCCGGAUGAGGUGGAGCAGCCGCUGGCCCAGGCCGGCGGCACGCAUGGCACCACGGCCGCCGGGUAUCGCAUUCUGCUGGAUGCGGUGGUGGUGCCGGAGUUCGUGCCGGCCAGCAAUGUCAAGAUCCACACCGUGGACAGCGAGGCGGCUGCCGAGGCCGAGGCGGCCGGUGGCUCCCUCAAUGAGGACCAGAUGUCGCGGCUGCUGACCGAGGCGGCCGGCCUGCCGGCCCCCUCGUCGCUGGGCGACCUGGUUGAGGUUUCGCCGCUGGAGUUCGAGAAGGACGAUGACAGCAACUUCCACAUUGACUUUGUCACGGCCGUGGCCAACCUCCGGGCGUCCAACUAUGGCAUCCAGAAUGCCGAUCGUCACAAGAUCAAGGGCAUCGCCGGGCGCAUUAUCCCGGCCAUUGCCACCACCACGGCCCUGGUGACCGGUCUCAUUUGCCUGGAGACGCUGAAGGUCAUCCGCCAGGAGAAGAACAUCGAGGCCUACAAGAAUGCCUUCAUCAACCUGGCCCUGCCUUUCGUGACCUUCUCCGAGCCGGUGGCCCCGGCGGUGACCAAGUUCCGCGAGCACUCCUGGACCCUGUGGGACUGCAUUGAGAUCAAUGGCAACCCCACCAUCGAGGAGAUCAACACCCAGAUCGAGCGCGACUACAAUGUCAGCAUUUUCAUGAUCAGCUCCGGUGUGUCCAUGCUGUAUGCCAUCUUCAUGGACAUGAAGAAGCAGGCCGCCCGCCUGAAGGCCCGCCUGACUGACGUCCUGGAGGAGGUCCUCCACAAGCCGGUCGAGGACCACAUCCACUCGGUGGUGCUCAUUCUGUCGGCCAGCGACAACGACACGGACGAGGACGUGGACUUCCCCUUCAUCAAGGUCAACAUUCGCAAGUAGGUGCCCCCCUCCCCUCCCCUCAUGUGCUUCCUUCACCUUCCCUCCUCCGCCCUCCCUCCCCAUCUUGGCGGGGGGAGGACCCGGAAACCAGAGGCAGAAGCACAUCGGCGCCUGGUGAAUGAUGCUGGCAAAGGGUCAACGCGGCCCCUCCCCGGCGAGGGAGGGCCACUUCUCCCGGCCAUGUCUGCCGCCCGUGUCGUGUUUUCCUUUCCCCCGUGUACAUUUGCCUCUCCUCCCGUUCGUGGCGAGAAGUGAACGAUGCGCUGCGCGCGCAUGCGUGCAGGGGGGAUAUAAAUACUUGUGUAUUGCGCGUAUGAUGGUGUGCAAAAGGAUAAAAACCGAUGCCUCGUAAGA